AUGUCAUUUCAAUGCGAUGAAAUGGUCGAUCCGGCAUCAUGGCCUCCCAAAUCACCGAGGGAGGCCCUACUCGCUUCUCCCGGCGGCCGCAAGAGAUAUAUUGAACUACGAAGAGAACGAGAAACAAACGAGCAGACUUCCCCCUUGAAGCGGUCACGUACAACGCCGAACCUCUUUUCUCGGAAGCUCGCCCAACAUGAAAACAGCAAUGAAGAUGUCGGUGUUGGCGACGGCGACGACAUGGAAGAGGACGAGGAAACCCUACGGCUACAGUUGGCGGCUAUUGAAGCUAAAUUGAAAUUGAAGAAAUUACAAUCCGCCAGAUUGAACGCGGCAAGCCCACGCAAAGAUGACACGUCUUUGCAGGGGAGUUUUACGUCGUCGUCUUCUUCGGGACAGCCCGCGAGCCGAAUGCGAGCAAUGAGAGAGCGACUGGCAACUUCGGAGCAAGCAGAUGACGUUCAGGUUCCAUUGUCUCCUUCCAAGAGAACGAUGUCCCAAGAUCCGAUGUCUCCCCGUCGAGCACUUAUCAACUUCAAAAAGGCGAGCGAGGUAUCGCUUAAACGACCAUCUGGUGCAAGACCCGGAACCGCUCAGUCGAAGGCUUCGAGCAUUCGUCCUGGAACCUCUCGGUCUUUCAACAACCAAGACAGUCCGCCGGAUAUCUGGUCAGCCGCUGCGGAUGACUUGAAAAAACCCAAAUCCUUCAGCGAGAGAAUUGCAGAGACCAGGAACGCCGACAGAGCCAAACAGCAGCGCACCGAGCAGAUACAACGCAGUCGCAACUCAGCUUUUCAAGUCGAUAAUAAAGAAAUUGAAAAAUACAAGGAAGAGGCUGCUUCAAGACCGAAACCAGCGAGCCCUGAUAAGCGGCCAGCGGAGACUUUUAGUCGCGAGCAGGUCCUUCAAUCGUAUGGCAACCCUCAAGUGCGAAUCAAAAAGUCUACGACAGCCCCGAGCCUUCUAGCCUCACCACCCAUAACUUCACGACACCUCAAUCCUGUGUCAAUUGGAAAUGCCAGUCAAAGUUCAUCCAAGGAACCGGAUAUUUCCAAGUUAGAACCACUCUCUGGUCUCAACCUCUCAAACCGCAUUCUACCCCAGUCAUUCCUUAGCCGCACACUUGAGAAUAAGACGGUCCUUCGAAUUCCUCAGCUUUUGAAAUCAGUCAAGGCUCCUGAGUUUGAAUUGCCCGAGACCAUAGAUGGAGACUAUGUCGUCUUUGGAAUCGUCGCUUCCAGAUCUGAUCCAAAGCAGCACAAGGAGCCCAAGAACUCAACGAAAGAAAAGGAUAUGUACGAUGAUGGUCUGAACAAUACAGAAAAGUACAUGGUUAUCACCCUCACGGACCUCAACUGGACUAUUGAUCUUUUCCUGUUCGAUACCGCAUUCCCACGUUACUACAGACUUUCGGAGGGCACGCUGAUAGCUAUACUAAACCCAGCAAUUCUUCCUCCACCCCCUGGCAAAAUUGACACCAACCGCUUCAGUCUCUGUCUUUCAUCUUCGGAUGAUACUGUUCUGGAAAUCGGCUCCGCUCAAGAUAUCGGUUACUGCAAGGCUGAGCGUAAAGACGGAAAGAUUUGUCGAUCAUGGAUUGACUCACGUAAGAGUGAGUUCUGUGACUUUCACGUCGACGUGCAAAUUCGGCGAACACAGGCAUCAAGGGCCGGCGUGAAUGGUGGCACGGGCCUGUUUGCUCCUGGCGGCCGCAAUGCAUCACGUAUAGCCGAAUUUAGUGCCUCCAAAGGUCAGCGUGGUGGUCGUCGAGGGCUCAAACCCGAAGGUAGUAGAUACGAUUGGGCGACUCAGUCAACAUACUUUGUCGCACCUGCGCCCAAAUCUGCAUCCUCCCAAGGUGCAUCUAUGCAUCCUCGCUAUGGCAUGGGAAGAGGUGCCUCGGCGGCAGCUCUCAUUGAUGGAAUCGACGAUAACCCAUUCACAGACCAAGUUCGUGGCAAUGCGAACAAGGAAGAACGUACACGCCGUCGGCUUGUAGAACAGCAACGCGAGCGUGAUAUUGCACAGAAAUUAAGCUCUAGGGGUGGCAGUACCGGAUCGGAAUAUCUCCGUGCUGGGCUCGAGCAAGCGGCAUCAAAAGCUUCAACAACCAGAUUAGGAACAUCAUCAAAUCCUGGACUGUCUACGCCAGGUUCUCAGGCUCCAACGGCCAGCAUUUUUAAGUUCCGCAAAGCAGAUGAAGUCAAUCUCGGUCCCAUGAAAAAGCGAGCACGAGCACAAUCAGAUGAUAAAGUUUCGAACAGCGGCGUACCGGCAUCGGUCAAAAAGACGCGGUUCAUUACUGCAAAGGGAAUUCGAGAAGCUGGCAGGGAUAGUUUGGGGGCGUCUACGGGUAGUGAAGCGCACAAAAGCGCGCCGCAUAUGACUAUGAAUAAUGAUGAUGACGAUGAUGAUGAGUUGGAAAUUAUCUGA